CACACACGAGAGAGAGAGAGAGAGAGAGAGAGAGAGAGAGAGAGAGAGAGAGAGAGAGAGAGAGGAACCAACAGAGAAAGAGAGAGAGUUCCUUGUCUCCUCAGACUCCUGCUUGGUGAAAGUAUAGACUGUGUGUUGAAGUAUAAAGGCUACCAUGAUGACGUUGCUGCAAAAUGGGGAGAUUGUUGCGCACGAUGGCCGAUAUGACCUGCCGUUUUUGUUCUGCAUGUUUGGGAGACAUGGCCCCGCCGUGGCCCUUCUCAUAGCCCUGCUUCUGUUCCUGAUGGGAUUAUUCAGUGUUUCCCAGAAGGUGCUGGCCCUCACCAGAUACUUAAGGAGAAAAGCGCAUCGUAAACAGGUGAAAAAGGAUGCAGUCGUGGAGAAAACAGAAUUACCCAAGAGUGACACGCAGGUCCCACGGGUGUUUUACCCUGUUUGGGACACUGGGCCGGAGAAGAGGGCUGGUUAUAUUCCUAACAGCAGCAUUGAAGUCUUCAGCCAAAAAACACACAAUGAAGAUGCUAGGGACCACAGCACUGUGGCCUCACUUGGUUUGGUCGAGUGCCAGACUGAUUCCUCGCACGUUCAUAGUGCUGUCGCAUCUGCCAGGGAAAUAUAUACACUCCAUCAACAACCACAGGUCAAUGAGAUUCACAUCACAGACAAUAGUAGCUUGGACAGGGAUCCAAAUGAGGGACCAACUGUGGAACUUACAACGGGACUGUUUGUGGGGAACGUGGAAGAAGUGUGUUUGGACAAUGGUGAGGCCCAAGAUGAGGAGAUGGGGGAAGGUUGUGAAAAGAGGGAGAUAUAUAGGGGGUUGGCUAUGGACAACUUUGAGCAUAACAAAUGUCCUCAAUGGACAGACCAUUCUGUUCUGUCAUGUUUUCAGAAUCAAAGUCCCCCUGAGCAGAACCCAUCUCAAGAACAUGAUCAAGACUGUUUAAUCACAUCAGAUAUAACCAGUCCAUCUCGGGAGGUACCAGAGGGUCCUGAAGAUUAUCUCUGCAGAAACCAGAACAUGGUAUCUGCAGAUGUCGUCGUAUGCAAAAUGGAUUCCUCUGAUUUGUAUUUUACUGUAGCUUCUGCCAUGGAUACAGGUCCAGUCCAUCAACCACCCAAGAUAAAUGAGGAGAUUCACAUCACAGACAAUGCUAAGUUCGAUGAGGAACCAAAUGAGGAAUCAACGGUGGAACGUACAACUGGAUUGCCUGAGGGGGAUGUGGGAAAACUAAGUUUUGGCAACGUUGAGAUCCAAGCUGAAGAAAUGGGACAGUGUGAGAAGAAGAUGGAGCUGGAUAUGGUGACCAUGGAAAACCUUUCUGGGCCAGUGUGUGUCGAGAGCAAAAGUCUGCCUGAGACGCUGGCCCCUACAGAACCUGAUGACGAAUGUUUCAUCACGAAAGAGGCAGCAAAUCCAGACACCAACACCCUACCCCACCAACACCAUACUGCUGAGGUAACAGUUCUAAAAACGAAUGAAGGUGAUUCAAUCAAUGUCCACAACACUGUAGAGUCUGCUGAUGUCGUUGAGAAUAAAACAGAUUCCUCUGAUGUCAGUAGUACUCUCGCAGUUGCCAUGGAUACAGAUUCACCUCCCUUGUUCAGUGGUGAUCUACCACAGACUGUCGGCCAAAGAGAAGAAGUUGUGUCAGCAUCUGAAAACAGCGGGUCAGGCCUGGGUUUAGAAGACAGCUGGGACCCAUCCAUAAGAAGCAUUGGAGAGGGGUCUGCUACUCAAAGCCUGCCUGGAAGCCCUGUGCCCCCUGGUCCAUCUCAGGAGGAUUCUGGUCCUGCAGAAUCCAACGUGAUUCCUGGUUCUGAUUCGGUCCACCAACUUUUAAACCCAACAGAAACUCAGAACCAGCUCGGUGACAUUUCUGAAGCUAUCAGAUAUGGAACUGGGAUUUACGCAAGUGAUAUUGCACCAGUUAGCAAGCAACCCUCAAUCAGAGAUGAAAUUCACAUCACUGACAAUAUUAACGUUGAUUCGGAACCACAUGAGGAUCCAACUGUGGAACUUCAAACUGGAUUGGCUGUGGGGAAUGUGGAAGACGUGUGUUUGGACGACGUUGAGACCAAGGCUGGGGAGAUGGCGGAAGGUUUUAAGAAGAGGGAGAUAGAUAGGGGGGUGACUAUGGAAAACAUUGAGCAUAACCAAGGUCCCCCUGAGCAGCACCUAUCUAAAGAACAUUAUCAAGACAGUUCCAUUGAUUCAGACAUAGCCAGUCCUUCUGAGGAUGUACCAGAGGUUCUUGAAAACGAUGCCAUUAUGGACCAGAAUACUGUAGAGUCUGCUGAUGUUGUCGUAUGCAAAACAGAUUCCUCUGAUGGUAAUAGUACUGUAGCUUCUGCAGUUGAUACGGACACACUCCAGCAACAACCCAAGAUAAAUGAGGAGAUUCCAAUUACAGAAACGACCAUGUUUGAUGAGGAGCCAACCGUGAAACGUAGAACUGGAUUGUCUGAGGGGCAUGUGGAAGAACUGUGUUUGGACAACGUUGAGUCCCAAGCUGAGGAGAUGCGAAAGUGGGGGAUGAAGAUGGAGCUGGAUACGGCAGAGACCAUUGAAAAUCUUUCUGGGCCGGUAUGUAUCGAGAGCCAAAGUCCCCCUGAGACACUGGCCCCUACAGAACCUUAUGACGAAUGUUUCAUCACUAAAGAUGAAGAACAUCCAGACACCAACACUCAUACUGCUGAGGUUGCAAAUAAAACACAUAAUGAAGAUGAUUCCAUCAAUGUCCACAACAGUAUAGAGUCUGCUGAUGUCCUUGAGUAUAAAACCGAUUCGUCUGAUGUCGGUAGUACUCUAGCAGUUGCCAUGGAUACAGAUACACCUCCCUUGCUCAGUGGUCAUUUACCACAGACUGUCGACCAGGUUGUGUCUGCAUCUAACAACAGCAGGCCAGGCCUGAGUUUUGAAGAAAGCAGGAAUCUAUCAGUAAGCACCACCAGUGUUGGGUCUGCUACUCAAAGCCUGCCUGGAUGCCCUGUGCCCCCUGGUCCAUCUCAGGAGGAUUCUGGUCCUGCAGAAUCCAACGUGAUUCCUGGUUCUGAUUCGGUCCACCAACUUUUAAACCCAACAGAAACUCAGAACCAGCUCGGUGACAUUUCUGAAGCUAUCAGAUAUGGAACUGGGAUUUACACAAGUGAUAUUGCACCAGUUAAACAGCAACCCUCAAUCAGAGAUGAGAUUCACAUCACUGACAAUAUUAACGUUGAUUCAGAACCACAUGAGGAUCCAACUGUGGAACUUCAAACUGGAUUGGCUGUGGGGAAUGUGGAAGACGUGUGUUUGGACGACGUUGAGACCAAGGCUGAGGAGAUGGGGGAAGGUUUUAAGAAGAGGGAGAUAGAUAGGGGGGUGACUAUGGAAAACAUUGAGCAUAACCAAGGUCCCCCUGAGCAGCACCUAUCUAAAGAACAUUAUCGAGACAGUUCCAUUGAUUCAGACAUAGCCAGUCCUUCUGAAGAUGUACCAGAGGUUCUUGAAAACGAUGCCAUUAUGGACCAGAAUACUGUAGAGUCUGCUGAUGUUGUCGUAUGCAAAACUGAUUCCUUUGAUGGUAAUAGUACUGUAGCUUCUGCAGUUGAUACAGAUACACUCCAGCAACAACCCAAGAAAAAUGAGGAGAUUCCCAUUACAGAAAUGACUAUGUUUGAUGAGGAGCCAACCGUGGAACGUAGAACUGGAUUGUCUGAGGGAAAUUUGGAGGAACGCGGUUUGGACAACGUUGAGAUCCAAGCUGAGGAGAUGGGAGAGUGUGGGAAGAAGAUUGAGCUGGAUAUGGCGGCGACCAUGAAAAAUCUUUCUGGGCCGGUAUGUAUCGAGAGCCAAAGUCCCCCUGAGACGCUGGCCCCUACAGAACCUUAUGACGAAUGUUUCAUCACUAAAGAUGAAGAACAUCCAGACACCAACACGCAUACUGCUGAGGUAACAGAUAAAACGCCUGAUGAAGAUGAUUACAUCAAUGGCCACAAAACUGUACAGUCUGCUGAUGUUGUUGAGUAUACAACUGAUUCCUCUGAGGUUAAUAGUGCUGUAGCUCCUGCAAUAGAUAAAGUCAACCAACCACCUCCGGUCAAUGACGAGAUUUACGUCACAGAUAAGAUAGACUUUGAUGAGGAACCAGAUGAAAUACCAAUCAUAACUACAGACACGACCACUCCUCCUAAUAUAGUGACAGAAAGCAGCCAGACUUUUGAAGAUGAAAACCCGGACACCACCCGGGUGAGGCACGAGGUUGGGGACUUGAACCCAUAACCCUGGCUGGUGUUAACACCUUUCAAUUUGGGAACACCAUUCUACAAAAGGGUGCCUUUAUGCGCAGUAGAGGGCAUUCUGUUCCUCUCUCUGCUCUCAAACAUCAGUUAAUAUAUUACUAAACCAUUUUUUCAGUACAACUUCUCUCCAGGUUCUAAGUCAGUAGAUGAGUUAAAAGCACUUUUGAGUACAAAGCUCCGGUUACAUCUCAGAGCUUUGCUUUGAGUGCAGGGUGCUAAGGCUAACAUGCUAACGUGAUGUGAAGUGAGCUGACUUUGGAAGGUUAGAGGUAAGCCCUAAUAUAGAUCCAGGGCUUACAGAUGACACCACAGUCAGUCACACACACACACACACACACACACACACACACACACACACACACACACACACACACACACACACACACACACACACACACACACACACACACACACACACACACACACACACACACACA